UAUGUUGUUAAGCAUAUUACGGUAGGAAUGAAUCGUAGAGGUUUGAAUGCUGGAAAUACGAUGACUUCUCAAUCAAAUAUUGACGACAGUAGCUGGAAGGGAGUAUCUGAAAACACAAGCAUGUUACCCUCUUCAAAUCCGUCGGCUCUUAAUCCAGAUGGUAGCAAUCAAAGCGGGUUUCCCCAGGGCGGACUACCAUACAAUUCUAGUGGCAAUCCAUAUCCACAAGCUGGCCAAUCAUCUCCUGCUGGAAAUCAGGGAAUGGUAUUUCAAAACACUAAUCAGCCGGGAUCAAAUACGCCUCAAUAUACCUCUUCUCCUGCGCCUUCGGGCUCAUCAACACCUGGCCCAGUUGGCUCACAAAAUUUGCCGGGCAGUUACCCGCAAUCAUCGACUUCGGGCAAUUUUAACGGACCUGUUGGAGGACCAUUUGGAUCUCCUUCAUCAGGCUUGGGACCCUUCAGUCGACCAGCAAGUUCAGGCACGCCGUUCAAUAGCGGACAAGGAGGGCAUUUUUCGUCGCCAACUGUUUUUGGUGUUGGAGGUCAAUUUAAUCCGAUGCCGCCAGCUUCCCCGUUUGGUCAUGGCGGAAACCAUCCUAUGAUGGGAGGUCCUCAGCAAAUGGAAAGAAUUGAUCAAGGCUUUAGAAGGCAUAAUUCAUACUUCAGUCAUACGGAGCACAGAGUCUUCGAAUUGAACAAACGUCUACAACAACGAAAUGAUGAAAGUGACAAUUGUUGGUGGGACUCGUUUACAACGGAGUUUUUCGAGGAUGAUGCUAGGUUAACCAUACUUUUUUGUUUGGAAGAUGGGCCAAAGCGUUAUACUAUUGGUCGCACGUUGAUUCCACGUUUUUUCCGGAGUAUAUAUGAAGGUGGAGUGUCUGAUUUAUACUUUCAAUUAAAGCACGCUAAGGAAUCGUUUCAUAAUACAUCUAUAACUUUGGAUUGUGAUCAGUGCACAGUAAUAACCCAACAUGGCAAACCGUUUUUUACGAAAGUUUGUGCGGAUGCAAGACUGAUUUUGGAAUUCAUGUAUGAUGACUAUAUGCGAAUUAAAUCUUGGCAUAUGACCAUUAAAGGGCACCGAGAGCUUAUUCCUAGAUCUGUAAUAGGCACAUCACUUCCUCCAGAUCCAAUGCUUCUAGAUCAAAUAACAAAGAAUAUUACUAGAGCUGGAAUAACAAACUCAACAUUGAACUAUCUUCGAUUAUGUGUUAUACUUGAGCCUAUGCAGGAACUUAUGUCGCGUCAUAAGGCAUACGCACUAAGUCCACGGGAUUGUUUAAAAACGACGCUGUUCCAGAAAUGGCAACGUAUGGUAGCCCCUCCUGGUAAAAAAGAUCCUCAACGCCCGCCCAACAAAAGACGCAAAAGGAAAGGUUCAAAUUCCGGUGGUGGCAACAACACAAACACACCACCCGUAACAAAUCAAAAGAGGUCGCCUUCAGGGCCCAGUUUUUCCCUGUCUUCACAAGAUGUGAUGGUUGUAGGUGAACCAACGUUAAUGGGAGGUGAAUUCGGCGAAGAGGAUGAGAGGCUAAUAACACGCUUGGAAAAUACACAAUACGAUGGAACCAAUGCCGUAGAGCACGACAACCACUCCGGAUUUGGUCAUGCUGAUUCCCCAAUUUCAGGCUCGAACCCAUGGAGCAUUGAGAGGUCAGGCGCUAUUCCAGCUAGUCCUGGAAAUGGAGCUGCUCCACAGAACAAUGCAAAUAUAGCAGAUAUAGACAAAAAGAGUCCCAUUGUAUCGCAAUAGAAUUCCAUACCAUAAUUGCAUAUUUCGCUGUAUUGUCAAAUGUAUUUUCAUACUUGCAUGUAAAAAUAACUUGAAAUAAAGCUCACAAGUUUUAGGAAAUGUAAAAAUAUCUACAUACUAUAAA